AUGUUUCAAAGCAGCUCACAGUCUGGAGUGCCUCGCCUCGUCCUUCCAAAAGAUUUCUUUGCGGAAGUCGGUGUGACCAUUGGAACAGAGGUUAACCGUGGUUUGAUGUUUCUUCAAGACUUGGCUUGUAGAGGGAGUUUGAAACAGUUCCUCAUGGCUGCGAUUGGACUAUGGCUAGCCGCAAUGAUCGAGAGCUGUUGCAACUUCCUAACUGUUUUGUAUAUUGGGUUUGUGGGAGCUCACACAAUGCCGGUUCUGUAUGAGAAAUAUGAAGACGAAGUUGAUGGUUUUGUUGAUUCUCUGCUCAUGAAGUUUCAUAGUCACUAUAAGAAGAUGGAUACUGGCUUUCUCAGUCGAAUUCCAAGUGGAAGGUUUGGGUUCAAGAAGCAUGACUAA